GUCUGCAUUCUCCCUCUAGUUUGUUCUACACUAUAUCCUCUACAUUGAACCACAUAUGGAAAACCACUGGUCUUCAGACAAAGAGAACCAGUGGGAGAAAAACAGGUGAGAGGGGCAGAAGUAGGGGAGGGAGGUGGAGUCAGUAACGGUGGGUGACGAGCAGAUCCUCAGAAGAGCACAUGACAGACAGGUACACCAGGAGUGGGUUAUCUAGGGAUAAAAUACAGAGCAACCGAGAGAAAUAUGAGGGAAAAUGGAAGACUAUAACGCUUGGAUAUAAAUGGUUGGCUAUACCUGCUAGAAGUUGGAGACAGUGAAGGCAAUAAGGACACAUACAUAGAGGCCCAACAAAGUGUGUGUGUGUGUGUGAGGGGCAUCCAUCCAAGCUGAGAAGAGGUGUACUAACAGACAGAAGAGUGCAAGUACAAGUACAAACACACACUUGCUGAGGGGUGGACAAAGUAAAUAUACUAAGCCACCAUGUGACAUCAGAGGCAAAUGCUACUCGAUGGGGAAUGGAGCUUCCAACAACACCCCCUCCAAACAACUCCGAGCUAUACUUGUCGCUCGGCAACCACACGGCAGCAGUGACAACCGACCCGCUCUCGCAGAAUGCCUUCUUGGCAAGCCUGCUCCUCUCAUGCCUCUACACGAUCUUACUGUUCCCGCUCGGCCUUCUGGGUAACCUCUUGAUCCUGCUGGUGAACCUUGACCCCUGCUCGCGCAUGACCACGCCUGACCUGUACUUCACCAAUCUGGCACUGGCGGACCUGGUGCUGGUGCUCGACUCGCUCAUCGAGGUGUUCAACGUCAACGCCCAUUACUAUGACAACGCCCUGCUCUGCACCUGCAUGGCUCUGUUUCUGCAGGUGAACAUGUACAGCAGUGUGUUCUCUCUGACAUGGAUGAGCCUGGACCGCUGCAUGGCCCUGACGCGCCUCUCAGACCGUGCGCUCUUCGCCAGUGCCAGCCUACGGCGUGCGCGCCUCGCCUGUGCCACCAUCUGGGUGGCAGCGAUUCUGCUCACCCUGAUCCCGUUUGGCGUGGCGCACGCUCGUCAUGGCUGGGGCCAGGGCUUCUGCUUUGCGGGCAUGGCCGAGGUCCAGUGGCUCGAGGUGACCGUUGGCUUCCUGCUGCCCUUCUGCAUCAUCUGCGCGUGCUACACGCUGAUCGGCCGGGCGCUCAUGAAUGCCCGGCCAUUGGGCGUGCAGGGGCACGGGCGGCUGAAGGCCCUGCGGAUGAUCGUGGCCGUGGUGACCGUGUUCUUCGUCUGCUGGCUGCCCGAGAACGUCUUCAUUGGCGUGCACCUGCUGCGCGGCGCCACCGGGCCGUCGCGUCGCCGCGGCAACAGCUCACUGUGGCAACAGUACCCACUCACCGGUCACCUGGUGACUCUGGCCGCCUGCACAAACUCCUGCCUGAACCCACUGCUCUACAGCCUCAUCGGCGGGACGUUCAUUCGCAAACUGCGCCUGUUCAUCAAGCACCGCGCGCGGUGCUCCCACACCCCCGGUCAUGCGCACGGUGAUCAUCACGCCUGUCCACACCAACACCAUGAGGAGUUUGGCCACAGUAAUGCGCAGGAGGCCGCGCCAGAGCGAGAGUGUGUGUGUGCGAGGCAGCCAGAGAGCAGUUCAGACUACAACGGGUGUGGGUGA